AUGGGUCCCCUGCGGCCCGGCUUCUGCUGGUGCCUUCGCCCCUUCGAGACCUACGACAAUGUCGUGAAUGCUCGGUCUAACAUGGUCGCAAACCUGGAGAAGCGACGCGAGGAGUCUCGCAAACGCCACGAGCAGAGGAAGGAAGAAGCUGAGCAGAAGAAGCUCGAGAAGGAGGAAGCAAAGCGACAAGCUCAGGCAGAGAAGGAGCAGCUCAAAGCGAAGCUUCCGCCAGCCAAGGAUGAGCAGAAGAAAAAGAAGGAAGAGGAGGAUGCGGUCAAAGCUCAGGAGGCUGCGAAAGCCAAGGAGGCCGAGGAGGCCAAGCGAAAAGAGCUCGCCGCCAAGGCCAAGCAGAUCGCGGCCGCCAAGGCGAAGGCGAAAGCAGCUGCAGAAGCUGCCAAAGCCGCCGCGGCCAAGCCGACAGCGACGCCUGCAGAAGGUGCCGCAGGUGCUUCGCAUGAGUCGAUGAGUCCUGGCAGGGGACUCUCUGCCGGUGACUACGACAUCGGCGAAGAGCACGCGACGACGGUGCCACGAGGGUAA